AUAGCAGUUCUGUUGGUAAGAAGGUUUACAUUGGAGCUGACUUUAGGAGUCGAAUGUCCGAUUCGUCUCACUUCCUAACCAUGGAGAAGCUCGGUCCCGUGAGCGUUGCACUUUUCUCAGUUUUGUUCUUGUUACUGUCUAGUGCUGUCAGUGCUGACUGCGAUGAAACUCGCGAUUGCGACGAAAACUACAUCAAGGAGGUGUUGUUGUUUGGAAUGUGCUUAAAUAAGCCCGAUCCCAACCCAAACAACCCUGAUCCGUGUCCUCCAGAUUCUUGCUGCUACAAUUUGGGCACCCUGUCCACUUUUCUGGACAGGUGCAUAUGCCAAGUUAUUCGUGAGAAUGAUAUAGAUUCAGAAUUUUUCAUGAAUCAGUUUAGAGCCUGUGGUGGCCGACAGCUCAAAUGCUGAUACACAGCAGAAUUAUCCGUCUAUGCUAUCGGUCGACAGUUCUUCGACUUCGUGAAGAACUUAGCGUCUGAUAUAAACUCUAAUCAGUGAGUUACAAAUUGCACUUUCAUGUUCCCAAUUCCUAGAGAAAGUUGGAAAGUAUGAUAAUCAAAGGCUCC